GAUCAAGAUUAAUCUCCUUAAACAACAGGAUUAAGGCUGUAGUCACGGGGGCUCCUGCCAGCCCUGCUGAUCCAGGGGUGGAAAGUUGACUGUGUUCACACAGAAUCCUUGGCAUCAGCUCAGUGAGCAGGCCAGCCUGGUUCUCCUUCCUGGGAUCACAUCUCAACAGGACCCAGCCUGCAGGCAACCGCAGGGGCGUGGGCGUCUGUGACAGGCAGCCGAACCUGCAAAGCUACUGGCUGAGGAGGCCCCUGCUCCUUCUUAAACUCCGAUAAUUCAACCUAGGACUAGAAAGCCAGGCAGCCAGAGUCUCUUAGGACCUCCACUUGUCCUUCCAGUGCCGGGAAGAAGAACCCAGCCCUGCCGCCCCCACCACCUUACCCACACACCUUUCCAGAAUGGCUGACCAGCUGACUGAGGAACAGGUAGCCACUUUCAAGGAGGCUUUCUCUCUGUUUGACAAGGAUGGAGACGGCAGCAUCACCACCCAGGAGCUGGGUACUGUCAUGAGGUCCCUGGGCCAGAACCCUACCGAGGCGGAACUCCAGGACAUGGUGAGAGAGAUUGACAGGGAUGGCAGUGGUACUGUGGACUUCUCUGAGUUCCUGGGCAUGAUGGUCAGGCAGAUGAAGGACACGCACAGUGAGGAGGAGAUCCGGGAAGCCUUCCGCGUGUUUGACAAAGAUGGUAAUGGCUAUGUCAGUGCUGCUGAGCUGAGACACGUGAUGACCAGGCUAGGAGAGAAGCUGAGCGACGAGGAAGUGGACGAAAUGAUCCGGUCAGCAGACAUAGAUGGAGACGGACAGGUGAACUACGAGGAGUUUGUCCAUAUGCUGCUGUCUAAGUAAGGCUGCGGGAGUGGCUGCAUGCCACGCUGAACAGGGGCCUCCUCUCCCUGCAGCAACAUCAGACACCCCUGUUUGUUCCUCAAUUACUCCGACUUUCUCCAGGCAUGGUUGCUUUCCAGGCAAGGUUAAUUCUCCACUCUGCAUCUCCUCCUUUCUGCUACCUUCCACUUGCUUCCUUCUAGAAGGACACAGAACACCUUCAAGCCUAAGGAACCAUGAUAUCCUCUCAUUACUGAGCUGAACAAUGGCCCCAAGGACAGUGAAGGCUGGGCUGACUCUGACAUCUGCCAAUCUGACGACUCCCUGAGCAGGAUCCCUACAGACACUCAACACCAGGACUCCUGCAGCUCCCAGUUCCUAUCAGAAUUCUUAGCGCUUCUUGGAGCCUCUUGGACUGAAAAAAAUUCACCUGCUGUCGAAUUUGGAGGAGGGGGAGAGAAACAUCUGGAGGUUGGAGGGGAAAAUGUGAUGGAGACUUUGACAGCUGCAGUCUGGGAAACAUUAAUUUCUGUCCACACAGCACUUGCUGGCUCCUCUCUGUCUUCACUAAACCUCUGUGACUCAUUGUUUGAAGCUGGGAGUAAUAGGAGUCAGUUGUAACAUGUUCAUAUUCAUCUGGAAGGAGGGAUGUUUGAAUGAAGGGAUAGGAAAGCUGCAGGGGAAAACAAGACACACGUUCCAUUUUUAUUUGCUGUUUGUCUUUAUUUUUGUUUUCCUGGUUCU